UACGACCAGGUGUAUUUCCGGUACCCGUCUCCGGCUGCCAUCGAUGGAGACCAGCGUAGUGUCAGCCACCAGCUGGUCCAGUGCGUCUACAAGAAGACCUCCUACCCCAGCCCAAUACAGCUGCUGAAGGGCGUGGGUACCAAGUGCUGGGCCCCUGACGCCGAGUACGCACUGCACUCGGUGUACCAGGGCGGUCUGUUCGAGCUCCGGGCCGGCGACGAGCUGUUCGUCUCGUCUCCCCCCACCAUGGUCAACGCCGACGACUCCUCCAGCUACUUUGGGGCCUUCCGCCUCGACCUCUGAGAGGGGCGCGACGGGUCCAUGGAUUGGUCUUUGUAUGGAUGGAUGGAUGGAUGGUGGAUGGAUGGGAAUUGGAUGGAUGGAUGGAUGGAUGGAUGGAUGAU